GGCUCUAAUUUGCAUCAGCUUUAUAUUAGGCCAUGGGAAUCACUCCUGUAACAGAGACACAGGUGAUUGCAGUGGGCAACUCAGAAAUAGUGAGGGCAAGCCUUUGUAUCAAGCUGCAGCUCAUGCAGUGCAGAAGCUGCUGUUGGUUGGAGGGACAGUCCUAAUGUCUGCAACCUCGAUUGCGAUUGAUCCUCUUAUGUUUCUUUCCAAUUCUUGGCGAGUACUCCUUAAUGAGUUGAAGAUCCAAAUAAAGGGUGUUUUGGUAUCGAGAUCUAGUAGAGAUUAUAGCCAAGCUUUUGCCCAUCAACAAUGCAGGAUCUACAGCGGCGGUGUCCAGUAGUGACACGGUCUUUCUUCCGGCACAAACCUCAUCCCUGUCACCCAGUGUCUUGUAAUGGAUCAUCAAGGAACCUGAGAGAUAGCCACCUAAUAAUUCGAAGCACCCGUGAUCGCAACCGAACAAAGCUUCUACCUUUCUAAUACCUCACGAAAUGUCUCCAGUACCUUCACGUGCCUUUGUUCCAUGUUCCAUGGACCUGUGAAGGCACAGAGUCUUCUUCUCCUUUUGCACCAACCAAGAAGAAGAAGAAGCAGUAUCACUCAGCUUCUCUCUGAUGCCACCUACCCUUGGCCAUGAAUCCCACAAUCUUCGUUGCCGUCUUUGCACUCCUCCUCACCAGGUCUCUGUGCCUCGAGGCUGACCCAAAGCCUAUCUCCAAUGUCACCGUGAUGGGCACCGUCUUCUGCGACGCCUGCGCCAACAACAACUUCUCCCAGCACAGCUACUUCUUAGAAGGUGUCAAGGUGAGGGUGCAAUGCGUGCUCCGAGUGAACGCGACGUCGGCGGGCGAGAUGAGGGUCGCCGUCGACAGGACGACGGACAGGUUCGGAGUCUACAAGCUCGACAUCCCGCCGGUGGACGGGUUCGAGUGCAGGGAGGGCCAAGGGGUCGACUCCUUCUGCCGAGCGAGCGUGGCGGAAUCUCCGUCGUCGCUGUGUGACGUCCCUGGGUUGAGCAGCUCCACCGAGCAUGUGGCGGUGCGAGGCGGCGUAGGGAAGCUGUGCCUCUACAACCUGAAUGCGCUCAACUACAGGCCGUCGAAGAAGGACGCCGACUUGUGUGGAGAUGACGGCGAGUUGUCACCGAGCUCUGCGAACUCUUCGCUCUUCUUCUGGCCACCGUUUGGGUUCCCAUGGCCAUUUGCACCACCACCGUCCUUCCCAUGGCCAUUUGCGCCUCCUCCACCGUCCUUUCCCUUCCCCUUCCCCCCAGCAGUACCGAACCCACCGGCGCCGCUGCUCCCGCCCUUGUUCCCUUCGCCGCCGCCUCCGUCUUUCCCGCCCUUUCCCCCGUUCGCUCCAUUUCCACCGGUGUUCGCGCCACCCUCACCGCCUCCUCCCCCACCUUACCUAUUCCCACCCUUUCCUCCCUUUACUCCUAUUCCGCCCUUGUUUUCGCCACCGCCUUCUCCUCCUUCACCUCCAUCAUUCCCCUGCCCGUUCCCACCCUUCCCUCCCUUUACCCCAACUCCACCUGUAGUUACACCACGUCCACCGCCGCCUCCAUCAUUCCCCUUCCCACCCUUCCCUCCUUUUACCCCCACUCCACCUGUAGUUACCCCACCUCCACCGCCGCCUCCAUCAUUCCCCUUCCCACCCUUCCCUCCCUUUGCCCCCACUCCACCUAUAGUUACCCCACCUGCACCGCCGCCUCCAUCAUUCCCCUUCCCACCCUUCCCUCCCUUUACUCCCACUCCACCUGUAGUUACCCCACCUCCACCGCCGCCUCCAUCAUUCCCUUUCCCGUUCCCACCCUUCCCUCCGUCUCCUCCCAAUCCACCUUUAGUUACACCGCCGCCUCCAUCGACCCCUUUCCCUCCCUUUACUCCAACUCCACCUAUGGUUAUGCCACCGCCGCCACCUCCUCUACCUCCACCACCCCCCCCUCCAUCUUUUCCUUUCCCAUUUCCUCCAUUCCCACCCACUACUCCAUCUCCUGGGGCACCAUCGCCACCUCCAUCUCGCUGAGAAACCCAAGAACUCGGUCUUCUCUCCACCCUCCAUCCUCCUCCUCCACGCAACCAUGCAUUUGUUCUAAUGCCUUAAUAACAGCUAUCUGUAAGAAUUGGUUGCGGUGAAUGUAGUGUUGAUAGAGUAAACGUUGGUGUUUUUGUGUUACUGAAAGGACUUAAAAGAAAUUUGCAUCACACCUUUUUUUUUA